AUGGAGAAAAUCAUCUACGACUUCUACACUGAUCUCUUCGACAGCCAUGUCCAUUUGCCUCCUCACCAUCUGAGGGAAGACGGACAUGUCAUUCCAGAAGUUCUUCCGUUCGAAAUACGACAUACUAUCAUGUCGGUAACAAAUCGUACGGCACCCGGAUUGAAAAUAUUGGAUGAAGGACAGCCAUGCGAACAAGCAGGGUUUCGAAAAGGAUUCAGCACGAUUGACCACAUUCACACUGUUAUGAAACCCAUCGAGGUAUCACGAGAGUACAAGAUGCCGCUCUGUCUUACCUUCUUCGACUUGAAGAAGGCCUUCGACUUAGUUGAAACGGAAGCGGUAGUGGAGGCCUUGGACAUGCAAGGUGUCCCUACUCAGUACAUAAAGGUGUGUGUACUUCGGGAGUUGUGCAGCAGCUUCACGACUUCACGAAUUUCGUCAUUCUACAAGAAUAUCAUCAUUGACGUGAAGAGGGGGGGUCCGACAGGGUGA